CGGGUCUUUCUCCAGUCUGUAAUGUAACAUGGCGGGUGUUUGCCUCAAGUGAUUAUUACUCGGAACAAGUGAUUUUUAUCCAUUCAGAUGGUGAUUUUAAGACUUUGGCAUGCUUGUUAAUGCCAAGAAAAUAAUCUAGUUGUGAAAGAUGCAGAAUGUAGUACAGGGACCUGUCGCCGACAGCGAGAAAGAGAGCUCAAUACUGGAGGGUGCGAAGUCGGACUCGCCCGCCACCUUGAGACCAGGCACCCCGGAUAAAUGCCAAACGUAUGCGGACCUUCAAGAUAAAUUUUUCACAGUAUCGGGCGAUUCAGAUAGCGAAGAAGGUGACGAAUCGGAGGUGGAGCCGUUCGCCUUGGGUGAGGGGGAGGAGGAGGAGGUGGGUGGAGCCGCAGGGAGCGUACGCAACAAGUUCCUGUUGUCGGCCGCAGCCCAUGCCACUGCCACCACACCGGACCUUAGUACUGCCUCGCCACACCAUACUCAACCACAUUUUGAUCCCGAUACUCAUUCACGGCUAGUGGCACUUUUAGAAGCUGCAGUUUCCUCGUCCUCAGACCCGGAAGUGCUUCGUCGACUGACUUCCAGUGUGUCUUGUGCACUGGACGAAGCUGCAGCUGCCUUGACGCGUAUGCGCUCAGAGACGGUAGGCGGAGCAGCAGCGGCGGCGGCGGCGGCAGCAGCGGCGGCAGCAGCAGCAGCCACAGUGGGAGGAAGUAGCAGUAGUAGUAGCAGCAGCAGUAGCAGCAGCAGUAGCAGUAGUAGCACACCUGGGGACGGGCAACGCACCUUGGUGGAGGCUUGCACGGACGGGGACGUACCUACGGUGCGCAGGCUACUAGACGAAGGGAGGUCUGUUCACGAGACCACCGAAGAGGGAGAGAGCUUACUGUCUCUUGCCUGCUCUGCUGGAUACUACGAAUUAGCCCAAGUUCUCCUUGCCAUGCGUGCCAAUGUGGAAGACCGGGGCAUCAAGGGGGACUGUACCCCUUUGAUGGAGGGAGCUUCUGCUGGUCAUGUUGAGAUUGUUAAGCUCCUGAUCGCCCACAACGCUGAUGUAAACGCCCAGUCCUCCUCAGGCAACACACCUCUUAUGUAUGCCUGUGCUGGUGGUCAUACUGAUGUAGUGAAGGUCUUGCUGCAUCACGGUGCAAACGUAGAAGACCACAAUGAGAAUGGUCAUACCCCCUUGAUGGAAGCUGCAUCUGCUGGCCAUGUGGAAGUUGCCAAGAUACUAUUGGAUAAAGGUGCAGGAAUCAACACCCAUAGCAAUGAGUUUAAGGAGUCUGCAUUGACUUUAGCAUGUUAUAAGGGACACCUAGAGAUGGUCAAGUUCUUGCUGGAUGCAGGAGCUGACCAAGAGCAUAAAACCGAUGAGAUGCACACAGCCCUUAUGGAAGCCAGCAUGGACGGACAUGUAGAGGUGGCACGCCUUCUGCUUGACUCAGGUGCCCAGGUGAACAUGCCUGCUGACAGCUUCGAAUCACCCCUGACCCUGGCUGCUUGUGGUGGCCACACUGACCUUGCACUCCUGCUCCUAGAGCGAGGAGCGAACAUCGAAGAGGUUAAUGAUGAGGGAUACACCCCUCUGAUGGAGGCUGCCAGGGAAGGGCAUGAAGAGAUGGUCACACUGCUGUUGGCUCAUGGUGCAGACAUCAAUGCACAGACGGAAGAGACCCAAGAGACCGCUUUGACUCUGGCAUGUUGCGGAGGCUUUCGAGAUGUUGCUGACCUCCUCAUCAAGGCCGGUGCCGACCUGGAGCUUGGGGCUUCAACACCACUCAUGGAGGCGGCUCAGGAGGGUCACAGAGACCUGGUCGAGUACCUUAUUGAUGCCAGUGCUAACGUCAAUGCCCAGACAUCAACAGGGGACACAGCCCUCACUUAUGCUUGUGAGAAUGGACAUACUGAUGUAGCUGACCUUUUGCUGCAAGCUGGAGCUAACCUGGAGCAUGAGAGUGAAGGCGGCCGCACACCUCUUAUGAAGGCUUGUCGGGCGGGCCACCUGUGCACGGUACAGUUCCUCAUUGUGAAGGGCGGGGAUGUGAACAAAACCACUACCAAUAACGACCACACGCCACUCUCCUUAGCCUGUGCUGGUGGUCACGUUCCUGUGGUGGAAUUGCUCUUAGUUCAUGGGGCCGACCCUCAUCACAAGCUCAAGGACAACUCCACCAUGCUGAUGGAGGCCAGCCGUGGCGGCCACACAAAGGUGGUGCAGCUCCUCAUAGAUUUUCCCAGUUCUAUCUCCCAUCUCCUGCCUGUGGUUGCCCCACCUCAUCCCAGCGUGACAGGCGGGGGCAGCACGGGAGCAACGGGGGAGCUGAGCAGCGGGCCAUUACUGGAAGGGGAUCCCCACCACCUCACCAUGGGCCUCACGGUGGUCCCUGGCUCAGAUCCUCAGGCUCCUCUAGUGCUCAAUGCAAAUCAACCCCAAUUUAAUGAUAUUGCUCGAGAUGGAGGACUACCUGGAGGUUCUACCACAGUCACUGGUACUCAAGCGUACGUGACUAAGGUGAACCGCAGCAAGACCAACCGUAAGCCUGCCACCACCACCUCUGUGUUACCUACGCCUGGCCUUACUCCUCCCUCUACUGCUGCUACCACUGGCGAGAAGACCAGCACCACCACUGAGGCUCAAACUGCAAAAACUACUACUGCCAACAAUGUGACCAAUAGUGAUUAUGUUCUUCUGACUCCAACCUCUCCAACUUCGCCACCACCUGCAAACCAGGAUGAGGCUAGUGCAAAGUUGCGACCUUGUGAUCGUCUUGACCAGUAUGUAGACAACCUGGUUAGGAAGGCUGAGCAGCCACACCAAAACCGUGAAGAACAGAUCCUACAGAAGCAGCAAAUUCUAGAAGAGUUGCAGAGGGUGGAGAGAGAAUUGCAGGGGAAAGUAAUCCCCUACAGUAGCAAUUAUGAAACCCCUCGAAGCAGCAGCAGCAGCUGCAGCAGCACUGGCAUUACCACAAGCAGUAACAGUUCUGUCGUGGGCACGAUCUGUAGUAACAGUGGGGCAUCCAUCACAACACUGGCCAGCAGCAGUACCAGUAACAACACCACUAGUGGCAUCAAUGCAGGAAGCACCUCCCUGGCAGCUCCUCUUGUUUAUCCCCCAUCAUCCCUGCAUAACCAUGUACCCAUUGCUACUCAUACUGUGGAAACUCAGACAGGCUUCCUUCCAGGCACUGGAUGGGCAAGUUUACCUCCAGGUGUAGUCAUGUCAGAAUUACCCCCAGUAGUGUCUCUUUAUGGUGGAGCGGCCUCUGCGGCGCAGUUGCCAAUUUCUCUACCGGCUGAGGGAGCACAAGUACCUUCGUCGAUGUUUCCCGGGGGAACGUGCCCACAAGAAACGGCUGGCUAUUCUGCUUCAUCUGUGUAUCACACUCCAGCCUCACCACCUUCUCUUCCAACACACAAUAUUUCCUCUUCUGGACCAGCGACUGGAAAUGUUCCUGUCUCAGAAAGACCCAAAAUGAUACCUUCUAAGAAAGCUGACAAAAAGAAGCUUCAACUCCAACAGCAGCAGCAGAAGCAGCAACCAGUUACACAGCAGCAGAUGAUGGUUCAGCGCAACCAGGCUGUACAGCAACUACAGCUACAACCAGUGCAGCUGAGUCACGGGGUUGACGGUUCAUAUAGUUGUCCAGCUAGUGGCUUAAGUACUCAACCAUUGCUUGUUCCAGGUGGGACUGUUACCUCCCUACCUCCUCCACCACCUCCAGGUGUGUUGCAUCCUUCUAGUGGAGCAACACAAUGCCUACCACCACCUCCACCUCCUCUUCCUCCUCCCCUUCUUGUUGAAACGACUCACGAGCAGAGCUGCCAGAAUAACAAGACAGAUGCCUCCGUACCAAGAGGAAAAAUGGAUAAGAAGCGAAGCGUUCCCUCAGAAUGUGAUUGUCCAGGACUUUUACCUAACGAAGAAGUUGCCAGUAGUGGGGCUGGCUUAACCAAAUUAGAGAAUGAUAGUGCGGGCCGUGAUGGUGAUAGCGGGGCAGAAAUUGUUCCUUUAACAUCUUUAGGCGCUCCACUGCAACUGUCAACGGGGUUGGGGCCGGCCCCGGGCACAGGUCUGCAGUUCGUUCCCACUACUCUUGUAUCCUCCCCUCACUUGCAAUUUGCACCCUUCCAAGUUGGCACAGGGUCUCUGCAAUAUGGUCACUUGUCUGCCUUGGGGAUGGGACCGGCAGUGGCCAACCAGCCAGUCACCAGUCAAACUGCUGCUGCAGCAGCAGUAGCAGCACAACAGCUGCAAGUAAUAGGUUCCUCUGCAAGCAACAGUAGUAUUACUAACAAUACAAGUGCAAGUGGCCCUGUUGGGGUAGGAGUUCCUCAUUCUAGCAAGUCUCAAGUGAAGAAAUUUUUGCUACACUCACCACAGCUUGGAGUAAAUGCUGGUGAGAAUGGAGGUCAGCAGCGGGGACCGCCUCUUGGACCACUCCUGCAUGCCAGUGCCGGAACACUUCCCACAGGACAGCAGGUUUCCCACCCGGCUUCUAUCAGUCAACCAUCCAACAAGAAAAGUAAGAAGCAGGUUCGGGCCAGUGUAAACAAGCAAGAGCGAGAUGGUCAUUACAGCCUUCCUGUCAGUGCAGAUGGAACGAUUGUGCAGGAAGCUACUUCGCACCACCAGUCUGUUGCUGCGGGCCUACCUCUUGAUCCAGCAGCCCAGGGUGUUGUGUAUGCUAAUACCCACACCAUGGCCCACUUCCCUGCAACCAUGGCAGCACCCUCUGGUACUCUUCCUCUAACCAAUGGACCUGUAACAACCUUUGGGCAAGGUCUACAAGUUAAUGAGUCAGGGUUAAUGGUUGCUACCCCAGCAGCUCCAGCCAAGAUACUCAAUGACCAAUUACCUGACAUGAUCACCACGCCUGCUGCUCAGGUGGGUGGCGGUCAACUAGGAGUAGGAGGAGUGCCCGUAUCUGUGGGAGUUCCAUAUAUGAGUAGCGACGGCAGCGUUCCAUACAACGGGUCAACGGGCAUUGGUCCCGGAGUUUGCCAUUAUCCAGCUGCAAUACCUUCCCAUCUGGUUGAUGUAGACAUCGAGACAGAUUCCAAUCACGACACAGCCCUCACGUUGGCGUGUGCUGGUGGCCAUGAGGAGUUGGUGCAGCUUUUACUUACUCGAGGUGCCAACAUUGAACACAGAGACAAGAAGGGAUUCACCCCACUGAUUCUAGCAGCUACAGCGGGACAUGCCAAGGUAGUGGAGACCUUGCUCAAUACAGGUGCACAUAUUGAGGCCCAGUCCGAGCGCACCAAGGACACGCCUCUCUCUCUUGCUUGCUCAGGAGGCAGAUAUGAGGUGGUAGAGAUUCUGCUGCAGCGAGGUGCCAAUAAGGAACACAGAAAUGUAUCGGACUACACUCCUCUUUCUCUGGCCGCAUCUGGGGGCUUUGUCAACAUCAUUAAGCUCCUCCUUGACAAUGGUGCAGAGAUCAACUCGCGUACGGGAUCCAAGCUCGGCAUCUCACCGCUCAUGCUCGCUGCCAUGAACGGACAUGUGGCAGCCGUAAAGUUACUUCUUGACAUGGGCUCGGACAUCAAUGCUCAAAUUGAGACCAACAGGAACACUGCUCUUACCUUAGCCUGCUUCCAGGGUCGGCAUGAAGUUGUCUCGCUUCUCCUUGACCGCAAAGCAAAUGUUGAACACCGUGCCAAGACUGGAUUGACACCUCUGAUGGAAGCUGCGAGUGGUGGAUACGUAGAAGUGGGGCGAGUAUUACUAGACAAGGGGGCAGAUGUCAACGCUCCUCCAGUACCAUCUUCUCGAGACACUGCACUAACCAUUGCAGCGGACAAGGGUCACUAUAAGUUUGUGGAACUUUUAAUCCAAAGAGGUGCUCAAGUAGAAGUAAAGAACAAGAAAGGCAACUCCCCUUUAUGGUUGGCUGCUAACGGUGGUCACCUGGAAGUUGUACAGCUACUCUAUAGUGCCAACGCCGAUAUUGACUCGGAGGACAACAGGAGAGUUUCCUGCCUCAUGGCGGCAUUCAAGCGGGGUCACUAUAAAGUGGUGAAAUACAUGGUACGAAAUGUGUCCCAGUUCCCCUCUGACCAGGAGCUGCAGAGGUAUAUUGCCACCCUAGGAGACAAGGAGCUGGUGACCAAGUGUACCAACUGUUUAGAAGUUAUUCGAGCAGCCAAGGACAAGCAGGCUCUGGAAGCCAACAAGAAUGCGUCCAUUCUGCUGGAGGAACUGGAGCAGGAACGUUCUCGGGAGGAGUCAAAAAAGGCUGCGGCGUCACGGCGUAGACUCAAGAAGAAAGCCAAAAAGCAAGAGAAGAAAGAAGAGAAACGGCGCUUAGAAGUUGUGAAGAGAAAUGACGAUGGCAGCGAUAAUUACGAAGAUGAUGAAGACGAGAAUGGCAGCAAUGAAGACCAAGAACGUCGUGAAGAACAAACUAAAAGGGAGAAAAAUGAAGCCAAUGCUCUCCAGAGAGUUGUUGAGCAGAUAGCCCCUGAGGAGAAGGAUGGAGAUAGUGGCAUAGAUUCAAACAGCCAAACGAGCGCAACGUCGGAAACCAAAGUAACGGAUGAAAAAGACAAACAGGGAAAGAGAACAAAGAAGAAGAGGAAGGAAUCAUCAACAAAAGACUCGACCAUCGCCAAUCAGAAACAAAAUGGAACUCCUUCCCCGAUCCCUAAUAGUGAAGGCAAUGAGCUUAAGAAGUCAUCGUCUAACAGCAACAGUUGCCAGCCACAGUCUAGUGCCUCAAAUUCCUCAAACUCCAAGAGUAAGAAGAAGAAGGAGGAGGAAAAUAAAGCGAGUGGGAUCAUGAAUGAGCUCGACAUCUUCCGUCUAGAUAAUAUCAAACCCUCAAACAACAAGAAGGCGUCCCACGAUUCCUCACGUGUAAAUGCCUUGGACACGUUUGGCGAGGUCGACCAUUACGUAACUCCCAUCCCCGGCCUCGUCGGUAGUGCGUCAACCACCCUGAGUGCACCGUCCCUUAGUCCUAAUGCCAAGUCCACUCCGGGUCUAGGAACGAGCCCAAAGAAAGGGACUCGGAGAGAAGAGGGAUGGAAAGAAGUGAGUCGAAAGGCAAAGAAAGUCUCGGUGCCCAACAGUGCAAUAAGCAGGGUAAUUGGUCGAGGCGGCUGCAAUAUCAAUACCAUUCGGGAAGUUUCGGGAGCCCACAUUGAGGUAGAGAAGCAAGGUAAAAGUCAAGGGGAUAGAAUGAUCAGCAUCAAAGGCUCUACAGAAGCCACACGUCAGGCCCAAAAUCUCAUAUCUGCUUUGGUGAAAGAUCCUGAUAAGGACCUUUCAGAAUUACUCCCCAAGUCUGUGGCCAAAGUUCUGCCUAAACCUUCCAAAUUGAAUGCAGACAUGUCAAUUUUGCAGUCCAAUAUUAAAUCUUUAAGACCAGCCAGCACCAUUGGAAUCAGCAUGGCCACCGUAACAUCCUCCACCAUCAGCAUCACCAUGGCCAAGUCUAGCACCACCACAACUACGGCAUGGUCGAGCGCCGUCUCAUCGCCAAAGCGAACGCCAGUUCAAACCAGGCCGGUGUCCACAGUUGGACCGCUCACCUUCUCUGCCCCCAAGAGUCCCGCCGUUCGUCAGCUGUUCCCCGGAGAAAAGAAAUCUGUGCCUACCACCUCAGCUGCUAAUAAAACCAUGAACAACACUCACUCAGUCACUGUGCCCAUGUCAACUGAACCACAUCAGACUUUUGCUGCUAAAUUGGCCGACUCCAAGUGUUCGGCCAAAAGUUCUACACCACCACUGGUUGCAUCUCCUAAACCCUGUAUUCAGCCCGGGUUAGCUAACAAUGUUAUUGGCUCGGCAGAAAGCAUGGGUGGAGAAGAUAAGAAUAUACCAGAAACUAACAACAAUGGUAUGGUCAGUCAGCAGUAUUCCAUCUUUAACAAUCGGCUGAGCCAGGUGACGCACGAGGCCAUGUGGGGCGCCAAAGAGAAGCAGGUGAAUUUUGCAUCUGUGGCUGCAGCUGGGCUUGUGCCAAAUUGUAAUAAUAAGAUGCCUCCCCAAAUGCUUCAACAGCAUCAUGCACAUUUUGCUGGUGGACAAGUAAACAAUUACAUGGAGCCAGUUGACCAACCCCCCAUGGCAGAUGUCACCAGGGCUCCAGGUUAUAGAGGGACGGCCUCCACCGUCACGGUCAGCAGCCACAUUGCUUCUGUUGUGUCCGGGAGUCCACCAGGUAAUGCUCCUGUGCCCGUGCCUUUAUCUGGUCCACACCAGCCUGGGACUACAAGUAUGGCUCGCAGUGCACCUGGAACACCUGUAGCUUCGCCCUCAAUGAGACCCAUUGCUCCUCCACCCACCCGUCAGACUGCAACACCACCUCCUAUUCCCCCAAGAUCCUCUUUGGAGAUGGGUGCUGGCCCAUUCACUCUACUUCCAGGUCCAUCGCGUACUCCUCCUCCAGUUUUGUCGUCACUGGUUCGAUUGCCUUUAGCGUCUGCCUCCAUUGGACCCGGUGCCCAGUUGCCAGCUCGUGGUCAUCUGUCGCAGUCUGGUAUGAACAUGGGACAGCAACCUUACUCUGUUUCAAUGGCAAGUUUAGCACCGGGAGGUCCUGUGUCGUCCAUCCCCCGCGGUCCCAUCCCGCCGCCGGACCACUCGGACUUAGUCAACUUAGCACCUGGUCAGCCUUAUCGUAAACCUCCUCCACCUCUUGAGAUAACAAUGGGUUCCUUCCAUCAGCAGAAACAGCAACAGUUAUCUUCUCUGGCUCAGCUUGCAGGGAUGAUGAAUGGCCCAAGAUUUACUACGCCACAAACCAACACCCUUCCAGUAUACCACAAUAAUUUGGCACCCAUAUCUGCAACUACGCCAAUACAUAGCACCCUCAACCCUAAUGCACCUGAUUUUACUAGCCGAUCUGGGGCAUUUGUGCCACCUACAUUUCCACCUCGCUCACAGUUAGCUGCCUUUCAAAAUGGGGCUCCGACAGUUACACCUUCGCUCGGAUCUGGAUUUGGUGGAAUGGGUCAGUUCCCAACUGGAAUAGAUGGCCCUUUACAACUGCCCGGUGGAUUCAAUGAAGUGAUGAGUGGACUCGUGCCACGCAACCCACCACCCUUGGCUGCUAUUCCAGCCUCAGUCGGAGGUAAUGCUGCAUUCAGGAACAACGUAGCCUCACAGGACAGCUCAUCCCCACUUGCCUCACCCCACUCCUCCAAUCCAGCCUCUCCCACUCAGACUGCCUCAGCCGCCAAUACUGGAGGCUUGGCUCAGUUACCGGAGGAGCGUCACGCCAAACUGCAACCAAUUGGUACCGAGCGUGCACAGAAGAGGUCGGAACGUGGCGGCAUAGUCGGCGGAGUGGGCGGAGGACUCAGCGGGGUGGGCAACGACAUACUGUGGUCCAUGCCACUGUCAGACAUGUUGCCGCCGGGACCUCCUCUUGAUCAUAAUCUACCAGCCAAUCCGUAUUACAAUGAUUUGGAGGUGACACAGUAUGGACAGCUGUGGAACUGGGGCGACAUGAAUCAACAGAUGUAGAAGUGGUUUGCCCAACAAGGAGCAGCAGCAGCAGCAACAGCAGAAGCAUGAUGAAUAACAAGGAAGUUGCUAGCAGAGGCCAGGAGUAUCUGGGAGUAUCUGAAGCAGCAGCAGUAGCGGGCUGCCUCUUAUAUUGCUCAGCACCGCUUAUUUCAUCCUCGACAGAUCUGCUUGCCUCAAGAAAUUUUUAUCAAAUUAAAUGCUUUUAAUUGUAGUCCUUGUGGUUUGGGUGACAUUAAACUCAGUGAAAAUUGCUUCAUUCAAGAUAUAAAGAAUUACAUGAAUGGUACCUAUAUGUACCCAUAUUUUAGGUCAUUAAAAUGUUUGCCACUUUAAAUUGAGUGAUGUAUGAUAACUGUUAAUGUUUUCAAAGGUUUAAAGGCAACCUCAUAUGCAAAUGCUGUGGUGUCACUCGUGUUGACACGGUUAUGAUAUUUUGUUGCUUGCCCGUGUAAGGAUUAUCGGUAGUCGUAAAUGACGCAACGUAACGGUGGCCUCGUAAACUCUUGGUAGGAUAAUAUGGCGGUGGCCCGAGUCACCGCCUCCAUGACUGAGGAGGACGUCGUCCUAGUGUGGCUGCGCCUGCCGCCCCCACCGGCCGGCCCCACCCCCUCCCCAGGCUGCCCGGGGGCGGCGGUGUGUGCAGGCCGCUACGUAGUGCACACGGGCAUCUACUGCGCCUGCCCACUGAACGUGCUGCUGGCGUGGAUGGGCUGUCCGCCCCCUUUGAGUCCCAUCCACGCCCGCAGCCUCCGAUGACUGCUUGUAGUCAGCUUGUCACUGGUUCACCCCGCACCCGGGCUUCAUACAUUCACGUUUGCAGUCUUGUGUUUUCCUUCAUUGUAUGCAAGUCAAAGUCACUAGAAGGCAACUUACUGUCCUGAGUUGAGCGACCCUUUUGGCCUUCCUUCCCUCCCCUCCCACAUCCUCCACCCCCUCCCCUGCCCCGCUGCCCGCCCUCCUCCCCUUUGCCAACACGCCUACUCGGUGACGAGCGGCUGCCACACCGCCGCCCGCUCCAAGGUCGUACUUGUAUAUGCAGCAGUAAUUAUAAUAAAGCUUACUAUCCACUCCUACUAUGUGGAAACAUUAAAGAUUUAUCAGGCA